GGACAACUGAGAAUAUUAUCAUCGUUUUGAAAAAACAAACAAAUGGUCGGUUCAUAAUGCAGAAUUGACAUUCAUGUGAUUCAGAUCUGAAAGUUCACGGAAACGUUGUGAUGAAGUCACGUGAAAAACGACACCCCUUCUCUCUCCUCCUCACCAAUUUCACGAUUUCCGGCCACCCCACUCUCAACCCUUCUUCGAUUUCCUCUUUUAGGUCAGCUCUUUCUUUCUUCUCUGUUCAUAGACGCGCUUUGUUUCAAUUAUCGAACAUUGCUGUUACCCUAGUGAAUUGGAGUAGGUUUUGAACUCGCGAUUCAUUAACUGCCGAGUAGGAUUUUAGCUCGUAUUUGGUGAUUGAAGAUGGGGGAGAAGUUCUGUUUAGAUGAAGAGGAUGUGUCCUUGUUCGAAGGGGUGUUAGGAAGGCAGGCCGUUGAUUUCUUCUCUUGGUCAGCUUCUCAUAAUCUGUUAUCAGACUUUGUUUCAUCCUGUGGAAAUCUUAGGGUUCAGCAGGAUCUGUCCAAGAUUACGGAGGAUUUUGAUUGGGCUUAUGCCAUAUACUGGCAAGUAGCCAAGUCAAAAUCUGGGAAAUCUGCUUUGGUUUGGGGAGAUGGACAUUGUUCAGAGGCAAUUGCGAAUCAAUCAUUAACCGAGAGAGAUAACCAGAAGAAACGCGUGCUUCAAAAGAUUCGUGCUUGUUUUGGUCGACCAGAAGGUUAUAAUUGUUCUCAAAACAAGUCCGAAUCUGUAUCUGAUAUUGAGAUGUUCUAUCUUGCAUCCAUGUAUUACGUCUUCCCUUUUGAUGUUCCUUCCACCCCUUCCCAGUCAUUCAAUUCCAGUAGAACAAUAUGGGCUUCUGAUUUAAAGACCUCCUUAGAACAUUACCAGUCAAGAUCCCAUCUUGCUAAAUCAGCUCAAUUUGAGACUCUAGUGUUUAUUCCUCUAAAAUCUGGGGUUGUGGAGCUUGGUUCCACAAAGCCUGUUCCUGAGGAUCCAAAUAUGGUCAAGAUGGUUCAGAAAGCAUUAGGUGUAGUAUCAACUCAUGUCCCCCGAAUAUUUGGUCAAGAACUUCUUAGUCUUGGAGGUACAAAAUCAGGGCCUAUUAGUAUCACUUUUUCCACAAAGGUGGAACAGGAAUUUGAGUACCCUUCUGAUUCAUUUGACGUAACAAAGGCAAUAAGCGAUGAAGUGGAUGGAAAACCAGCUCAACCGCGGAAGAGAGGGAGGAAACCGGCGAAUGGAAGAGAAGAACCGCUGAACCACGUGGAAGCAGAGAGGCAGAGGCGUGAGAAGCUUAACCAGAGAUUCUAUGCAUUGAGAGCGGUUGUCCCGAAUAUAUCAAAGAUGGAUAAAGCAUCUCUGCUAGGUGAUGCAAUUGCGUACAUCACUGAUCUCCAGGCAAGGGUGCGGACCAUGGAAGCUGAGAGGGUCAUGACUGAUGCAGUUCCUAACAUUGAUGUUCAUCAACGAUCCGAUGAUGUCGUUGUACGGGUUGGUUUCCCUUUGGAUGGUCAUCCGGUUUCAAGAGUUGUGAAGGCGUUCAGAGAACAUAAUGUAGAGGCAAGUGAAUCGAAUGUGACUAUUACAGAGAAUGGUGAGGUGGUUCAUACAUUUUCUGUUCAAACAGAAGGUGGCGGUGAUUCGGCUCAAGAGUUGAAGGAAAAACUGGCUACUUCUAUAGUCAAGUAAUAGAUACCAUACAUAAUAUAUGAGAUUUAAUUUUAUAAUGUAUCAUAUGUAUGUAGGUAUGCAUUUAGUUGUUCAUAUAGCUGAAACAUUCGAGUUUAAUGCUCUUAUGAGUUCUGUACACCUAUAGAAGAUCGUGUUUGUUUGUUUUGAUUUGGAGGCAAUGUUCUGGCCUUUUCCUUUGAUUAUUUGAUUGUCAUGUUUCUUUUUUAUGGACUUCAGUAAUCUUGGCUUCUUAAAAAAUAGGUGAAUCCAUU